AUGGUCGCGAAUGCGUUUGGAAACGGUCGUAAUGUUGUAGAAAACAUCUAUAACAAAAGAAUUAUAGAACUUAGUGAUGGAGACCAUAAGGAAUCCAAUCAAAGCUUUGUUAAACUUGGUGACAAUCAAAAGAUUAAGCCAUGGAUGCUUCCUCAUGCCCAUCCUUCUCCUCGUCUUUUCAAGAGCCCAACUGGAGCCUUCUGCCAGAAAACAAACUGGUUUUCUGCCUUUCAACAGAGACUCAAAGAUCUAAAAAUCCUUCCAAACAUGAUACUGAAAAGGCGAUUGCCUAUGUUGUUGAUGCCCACGGAUGACUGCAGUGAAAACACCCGCAACCUCUACAGUCUGCCUGAUAAGCAAGUGUACGAUCUGAAGUUACCCGUGCCAUAUAAUAAAAGGAGUAAAAAGAAUAUGAAUGAUUUAGACUUGUGCAUUGGCUCGUCUCAUGGCUGGCUUAUAUUUAUCGAUAGUGCAUCAUUUGUGAUUACUUUAUACAACCCAUUUUACUUUGGAAGCAGUAAAGGAACUAUCCAUCUCCCUCCAUUCCCACCAGCUAAGUUCACCAAUGAGACGGCAAAUGUAGAUGGAUACGAUUUGCACUCUGACUAUUGCAUCUGUAAGGCUGUUCUGUCUGCAGACCCGUCUUCCAGUAAUAAUUACUUCGUUGUGCUGAUUCAUGGCUUGACAAGGAGUCUCGCCUUCUACAAGUCGGGGAAAGCUAAUUGGAGCUACUUCAAUCAACCUGCGUUCUUCGACGUAAUAUAUCAUCAAAACUAUUUUUUAGCAGUAAGUUUCUGGGGUCAGGUAUACACCUGUGAUGUAAACUCGAACAUGAAAAGCACGCGUGUGAAUGGGCCUGUCUUGGGCCCAAGUGGGUAUUUAGCGCGAAGAUACCUAGUGGAGUUGGAUGACGGAAAAACCAGUUUGCAAGUAGCAAGGAAGGUGCAACGCGCUAAAUACGGUCAUCCCUUCUUGGACACCAUGAAUUUCGUUGUUUACAAGAUGCAGUCGGUGGAUGGAGUUUAUGAGUGGAUCCCGAAGACAAGCAUUGGUGGCGGGGCAUUAUUCCUAGGAGACAAUCACUUGACAUACAUAAAAGCUAGCGAUUUUCCAGGAAUCUAUAGCGAUUCUAUUUAA